AUGUUUACUUACUCGUCGCUGUUCAGUGCUCUUCUCUUUUCGGCUCAUCUCGCUAUUUUUCUUGUUACUGCUCAAUCGAGCGGUACAAAUAUCUGUUCAUCAACAGCAACAGAAACAAAAAAUGAUACAUGUCCGGAUGGACUAACAUUCGACAUUAUGGCUGAAUACGAAAAAGCAGCCAGUUUAUGGCGAAUGGAUUUCACUGCCUUGCGGAAUGUAUACGGUUUGAAAGAUGCUGAUGAAGUUAUGCGUUACGUCAAAAGCCAAUCAGCACAAAAUGGUCAAUGUCCAUACCAACGUCAAAUUUCAAAAGAUGUUUGUUGUAAAGGAUGGACAGGUGCAUCUUGCAGCGUGGCUGUUUGUACAGUUCCUUGUAAAAAUGGUCAAUGUAUCAAACCCGACCAAUGUCUGUGCAACAGCGGCUAUGCUGGCGAAGGUUGUCAAUAUCAACAAAAUGAUCCUCGUCUUGUCCUAUGCUAUCGCACGCCUAAUUGCAACGGACCGUCGCGUAUCAGCAACACAACAGUGACUGCUGGUUAUUGCUGUGGAAGUCAAUCUGGUGUUGCCAUAGGAUCGGCAGAUGGCUCGUGUUCAAUGUGUAAUGUUACGAAUGAAGAAAUUGCUAAUGCCACAUCGCAUAUUCAACGUUCAUUGACAUAUGCUACGUGUCUUCUUUGGGGUCGUGAUCACUUCCGAACCUUCGAUGGACACACAUAUGAUUUCCUAGGAUCAUGUCAAUAUAAAUUGUCAGGUGCAAGUAGUUGGACAAUUGUACUUCAAAGCACUAAUUGUGAUCAAUGGACAACAUGUAAAAAGACUCUGAGUAUCUCAUUUGGUGGAUAUUCUAUCACGGCAACUGGAAAAAACAUUGUGGUGAACAAUGUUGCACUCAAUGACAGCCAAGGAUACGUUAAUGGACCACUUACCAUCGAACGUCGGUCAGGAGACUAUACAUAUUUACGAUAUUCCGAUGGUGUGCGUCUCAAAUGGGAUAAUGCUAUGUCUAUUGCAGUGACAGUUGAACAAACUUAUAUGAAACAAGUCACAGGUCUUUGCGGAACAUAUACAGACAAUCAAGACGAUGAUCUUCUCUUACCCGAUGGUUCACUCAGUGCGUCACCAACGCAUUUUGCCAACGAAUGGCGUACAGAUAGUGGCUGUGCUGCAAGCCCUAUACCUACUGAUCCAUGCACGGCAAGCUUGCGCGAUGCUGCUGAAGAUGCUUGCGGACCAAUCAUUAGUCCAUAUGAUUCAUUCAAAGUAUGCAAUCGUGUUUUGAACGCUACGGCAAUCUAUGAAACAUGUAAACGUGAUCAUUGCGCUGCUGCUCAAUCGGGCAAGCUUGCUCAAGAUCAAGCCGUUUGCGCUGCUCUCCAAACUUUAGGACGUGAUUGUGAAGAUAACUAUAUGCACAUUGACUGGCGAACAGCUGACCGUUGUCCAAAAACGUGUGAAAAUGCUCGAGUCUACACAGAAUGUGCAACAUCAUGUCCAGCAACAUGUCAAAAUCAUCAACAACAAUUCACAGAUUCUGUUGAUUGUAAAAAGGAUUGUUCACCAGGUUGCGUAUGUCCAACUGGCUCAGUCAUCGAUGUUGGUCGUAAUGGAACAUGUACCAAGGUUCAACAAUGUAGUUGCCGUGCUCAAGGAACAUACCAUCCGGCAGGAACUUCGAUUAAAGUUGAUUGCAAUGAAUGUGUGUGUACGGCCGGCUCAUGGGUGUGCACAAAGAAAUUUUGUUCGCGAACAUGUUCAGUCCUUGGAACAAAUAAUAUUCACACGUUCGAUGGCAAAUCGUAUUCUGUUCGAGGCAACUGUGAAUAUAUUUUAGUCGAAGAAAGCAACCCAGUAAUCGGUCUAUAUGUGGCAAUGACAAAUGCUUACACAUCCACAUCGAACUACAAAGAUUUGACCGUCAAAUGCAAUCAAACAUAUGUGUAUAUCAAAGACAAAAGUGUGCAAAUCAAUGGUGAAGUUCGAGCCAUUUUACCAUAUAAAAAUGCUCAAGUGACUGUCAGACGCGAAACAACAGUGUUCUACUCGGUUACCUGUCGUGGCGCUGAAAUCCAAUUUGAUGGUAUUCGAGCUUACAUUCGUUUGGAUCCUUUACAUGUGAAUAAUACUCGCGGUCUGUGUGGUACAUUUGAUUUCAAUCGUGAUAACGAUUUCUCAACACGUGCACAAAUCGUUGACACAAACACUCAAACGUUCGUUGAUGAGUAUAAAACAAAUUCAGCAUGUACAACACCAAGUCAAGACAAUCCAUGCACAAUCAAUGGCAACCUUCAAUCAUUAGCACAAAAUACUUGCGCAGUAUUGAAAUCAUCACUAUUUCAAGCAUGUGCAUCGAAAGUAGAUCCAUCGUCAUUCUUUCAAAGUUGCCAAUACGAUUUAUGCUCGGAUAAAAAUUCACAUUUCCAAAAUGUAUUCCUAUGCGCAGCUGUUGCGGCAUAUGCACGUGAAUGUCGCUUGGCUAAUAUCGUAGUUAACUGGAUGGCUGAUCCAGAUCUUCAAAGAACUUGCCAAGAUGCACAAUAUGGUCAAUGCAGUGGUGGAGCUGCAUACAGUGAUUGUGCACCAAAAUGCGGUCAGACAUGUUACCAAGUAGCAUCAGUGAAUCAAUCAUGUUAUGAACGAGAAUGUGUUGCUGGCUGUUCAUGUCCAAGUCAAUCCUACUUAGAUGUCUCGGUGUCCGACAAACCACAAUGUGUUCCACAAAGUGGCUGUCCAUGUUAUGAUUCAGAAACGAAUACUUAUGUUAAAGCAGGCCAAGCCGUCGCGCGGUCCUGUGGAAAUUGUACAUGUACAAAUGGCAAAUGGGAUUGUGGUUCGAAAUCAUGUGAAUCAACAACAUCCUGUCCAGAAACGCAAGUUUAUUCUUACAAUGCGUCAUCAUGUGUCAAAACAUGCGAUAAUAUGAAAACAUGGCGUGACUGUGGUAUCACCUAUGAAGGAUGUACCUGCCCACCUGGAAAGGUUCUUAGUCAAGAUAUGAAAACAUGUGUUGACAUAAAAUCUUGUCCAUGUCGAUUUGCUGGUCGUAUAUAUGGUCCUCAACAAGUCGUCAAAUCAGGUUGUAAGGAAUGUAAAUGCUCAGCUGCAACGUGGACCUGUACAGAACAGAAAUGUGGGGCAACAUGUUCAGCAUCAGGUGAUCCACAUUAUGAAUCAUUCGAUGGCUAUCGUUAUUCAUACCAAGGCAACUGCAAGUACGUUUUAACACAAACCAAAGAUUUAUCAUUUCGUGUUAUUACUGAAAAUGUUCAAUGUGGUACAUCAGGUGUUACAUGUGCUAAGAACAUCCUCAUCAAAUGUAAAGGUUUAAGUAUUUCCUUGAUGCGUGGCCGAGAUCCCAUCGUUGGUGAUACAGAAGUAACAGAUCUGGAAUUAGGACAUCGUGUCUUCGGCGAUGUAUCACUGAUGAAAUCAGGUUUAUUUGUGUUUGUCAACUGUUCGGACAUUGUGAUCAAAUGGGAUGAAAAAACACGUAUCUACGUUACUCUUCCUUAUUACAUGAAGGGACAAACAGCUGGCCUUUGCGGUGAUUCAGACAAUGAUCCAACUGACGAUCUGAACACGGCAAGUGGUGUUCCAGGUACCGUUGGUGAAAUGGCAGACUCGUGGAAAGUUGAACAAACAUGCACCCCUGGUCCAGCACCAGUGGUUGAUCCUUCUGCACCAUGUGCUGGCUAUGAAACACGUAGCAACUGGGCUACGAAGGAAUGUGCUAUGAUACUUGACCGAUCUGACAGCAAUCCAUUUUUACCAUGUAUCGAAAAACUUGAUGCCACUGUCGUAGAAGAUUAUCAUCGCAACUGUCUCUAUGAUGCUUGCCAUUGUGAUACGGGUGGUGAUUGCGAGUGUUUGUGUACAUCUCUUUCAACCUUUGCUCAAAAGUGUCAAUCAAUCAAUGUUCCAGUUAAAUGGCGUACACAAGACAGAUGUCCAAUGCAAUGCGAAAAUGGACGAAUCUAUAUGGCUUGUGGACCUAUCUGUCAAUCAACAUGUCGAGACAUUUACCUACAAGACAACUAUAACUGCGUGGAAUCAGGCUGCCAAGAAGGUUGUUUCUGUCCAGAAGGUCAAGUUAUGGAUGAAACAGGCACAUGCGUUGAACCAAGUGCAUGUCCAUGUAUUGAUAAUAAUAUACCAUACCCACUUGGAACGAAACUCAUUCGUAAUUGCGACCAAUGCGUUUGUAUGAAUGGUACAUUCCUUUGUAGUCCAUUACCAAACUGCACACCAAAAUGUUCUCGCAACGAAUAUACAUGCAAUUCAACAGGUGUCUGUAUUCCUCUAUCACAUGUUUGCGAUAAAAUACUGGAUUGUGACGAUGAAUCUGAUGAAUUCAACUGUCAAUGCGCACCUAAUGACUUCAUAUGUAAGAACGGUCAAUGCAUCAAUGCAACAAAACGAUGUGAUUAUUUUCCACAUUGUCGUGAUGGCAGUGAUGAACUUGACUGCAAUGAAACUAUUCCAUGUUACGGUUUUCGAUGUGAAGAUGGCAAAUGCAUCGAUAAGUCAUGGGUAUGUGAUGGUCUUCCCGAUUGCUCGAAGAAUGGCAUUUUUGACAACUCUGACGAACGCCAUUGUAACCAAUCUGAAUGUGAUGUUGAAAGUGGACGUGCAUUCCGUUGCAAUGACAAUCCAAUGGGUAAAUGCUUACCUAUAUCGCAACGAUGUGAUGGUCAUGAUGAUUGCGGUGAUGGUAGUGAUGAGAAGAACUGUACUUGUAUGUGUACAAAUCAAAAGUUCGCCUGUACAACUAUAUGCCAAUGCAUAUCUACGGAAGAAGUUUGCGAUGGUGAACCUCAAUGUCAAGACGGUUCAGAUGAAAAGAAAUGUACUUGUAAUGCAUACGAAUAUACAUGCAACGGUGGCAAAUGUAUUAACUCAACUAAAUUAUGUGAUGGAGUCAUGGAUUGUCCUAAGAAUGAUGAUGAAACACAUCCAAGUUGCACUACAACAACAACACCUUUGCCAACGACCGGUCAACCAUCAACGUCAGGCGGAUCUACACCAGCAUCAACUCCAGGAGCCACUACACCUGCCUGCGCUACUUAUCUAUGUUUGGUAUCAGGUGUUCAACAAUGCGUUCCAGAAGAGGAAAUCUGCGACGGUGAAAAAUACUGUUCCGAUGGUUCUGAUGAAAAUCCACAACUAUUUCCGAAGAAUCCCCAAUGUCAAACACACAGUACUCCACCACCAUGCACGCAAUUUGUUUGUGAUGCUUCACCUACCAAUCCACUUGGUAAAUGCGUUAAUGAUACACGAGUUUGUGAUCACUAUCCGGAUUGUAUGGAUAAGUCAGAUGAAGAUGACACUCGUUGCAACUAUACAACAACACUAUCGCCUGCCACAACGACAGGCCCACCAGAAGUCUGUACAAAUGCAUCAUCAACAUACAGAGCAUUCACUUUUACAUCGUCAUAUGUAUACACUGUCUCAUCACCUCAAUUGGCAAACUUCUCGGAGAAUCCAGAAAUCUCAACAGCACAUCCAUUGACCAUUCAAAAACAGAACAUCGUCGAAUUCAUCAUUACUUUCCCAUCAGCCUAUCAAGUCAUGGAAAUUCAGUUAACAUCUAACAAUCAAUUACAACAAGUCUAUGCACGUACCAGUCCAUCCAAUCCACAAAUCACUGGUACUAUUACUCCUACAUCUGAUGAAACUGUGACAUACGUCAUCACUACUAUUCCGCCGUCAACCGAACCAACUACACAGUUAUCACUUAUCAUCCAAGGCUCUAAAUUAUACUCAACAGAUAUCACAUCAGUGUUGAUCACGGCUUGUACAGGAACAUCAGGCACACCAACCUACACAACUGUAUCACCCCACUCCACACAAACUACUGCUUAUCGGUGUAACGAUCAAAUGGGUCUUCAAAGUCGUGAUAUUCCUUCCAGUGACAUAUCUGUAUCAUCACAAAAGAAUCCUAGCGAUGAUGUAGAUGCUGUUCGCAUGGACAAUCCGACAAUCUGGACUGCUGCUAGUAACGAUGCAUCACCCAACGUUCAAAUCCGUUUCUCUCAAAAUGCUGCGAAAACGUUAAGCGGCUUUCAAAUUCGUGGUGAAGUCGCCGAAAUAUACAUAACAUAUGAUACACUUACAACAAAAAAUAUUCCAUACAGUGAAAAUCCAAUUCGACGCACAGUCUCGUCAUCGAUGACAAUCAGUGAAGAAUACUUCGUGCAACCAUUGAUUGAUGUUGUUCGUAUACAAUUCACUUUCAACCGAGCAUUAACCAACACUGCUCUAUCAGCACAAUUGGAAUUGUUGGGUUGUGCAGAAGGUACAACAAUAUAUUCUACAACUCCCGGAACAAUACCAACUGGCUCUCCAGUACCAACUACACCGUACGUUUGUAUUCCUGAAAAUGUCCUUGCUGCUAACGCGAUUAAUACAUACGGCGUGGCAGUUUCGUACAAUAACCGAGAUGUCACAAAUUUGGUUAUGGAAAAUGGUCAAGGUCUCGAUAUAGCCGAUGGCGGAUCUAUAAUCAUAAACUUUCCGGACGAACAAACCAUUAGCUCUGUCGCUUUUCUGUCAGAUUCCAACGUAAAAUCUUACAGUGUCUAUUACAUCAAAUCCGAUGGUAAUGAAUAUAUAUUAGAGAGUGACCAGGACGCUUUAACAACCGAAUUCAAUCAAAUAAAAACAAAACAAAUCAGACUCGUGUUGAGAACAAGAACGAAACCCGGUUUAUCGUGUUCUAUUCGUUUAGCAGUCGAUAUUUGCGGCCAACAAGGAACAGCAGCAUCCACAGCAUUUCAAACAACAACUGAACGGUUCGUCAGCUCGAGUACAUUCUCAUACCUGACUACCGGCAGUGAAGAAACUACCAAAGAAACUGAAAUCGUCGAAACAGAAUCACCAAUGGAAACAACUGUAUCGACAUCGACACCAUCUGUUCCAAGCUCUACCGCAAGCACGAUAUUAACAGCAACAUCAGGAACAAUUUCCUAUCCAUCGUCUACGACCCAAGCAACAGGUAAAGCAUGGGUCUUUCUUACUAAUGGAACACAUAUCUGUACGUUGGAAGAAGGUAUGAAUAAUCCUCAGGCAGUACUAGACUAUACCAUCAAUGGCAAUCACUCACCACAAACGCCAAAUAUUUCUCCUACUGGUACUGGUGUAACAUUCACCUCGAAAACUGCUGAAAUCGCGAUAGACUUUGCCCCGUCGAUCACACCCAUCGUCGUCUCAUUAUCUAUCGCCAAAACAUCGAUUACAAACGUCAACGGAGUUACAGUUUUAAUUAUCCCAACAGACAAUUCCGGCACGAUAACACUUCAAUCACCAACCAAUGAUACUGUCGUCACCGGUUUCCCCAAAACACCACUUUCCGCAGGUUCAACACUAUUGAUUACAUUCCACACAUAUGACGGUCAACCACCUCGCCGUGUCACGUUAUCUCUCAUUGCUUGUUUCUAUCCUCAACCAUUAACAACUCCUACCUCAGAAACAGAGAGCACCACAGCUACAGUCGGUACUGGAGUCACUCAAGGAACACCAGGCACAGGAGCAAGCACAUUGACACCGGGAACUGAAGCCACCCAAGGAACACCAGGCACAGCACCAACGGGAGCAACUGGAGCAACAGAAGGCACCGGAGCAACACAAGGUACUGGCGCUACACAAGGAACUGGAGCUACACAAGGAACUGCAGGCACUGGAGCUACUCAAGGAACACCAGGUACAGGAGCAAGCACACUAACACCAGGAACCGGAGCCACCCAAGGAACACCAGGCACAGCACCAACCGGAGCUACUGGAGCUACUGGAGCCACAGAAGGCACCGGAGCAACACAAGGCACUGGAGCUACAGAAGGUACUGGAGCUACACAGCAAACAUCCAUUAGUCAAUCCACUUUUUCAACAACUGGCAAAACUACUGUAACGACAGGUGUUCCGUCGAUCUCGACGACGGUAGUCACGCAAACCACAACACCUACGUGUGUUUCGUCGUCGUACUUCUCAUUUUUGUCGGAGUACAAUGCUAUUACGAUUGGAGAUUUCAGCUCCUCAUCUGACGUGAACUCGCGAACACUGGUUUGUGGGAACUUGCUUCAGGGAGCAACGUUCGGUGACCGAUUGGAUCAAAAUAGCUUUAAUCCAUUAAUUUAUACCGUUGAAAUCAACGGCUCGGUCUUGUCCCAAAAUACGAUUAGAGCUUUAGCAGGUAGCGUCGCAGUUGGUCCAUAUCCAAGCAACCGAGUGUCCCAGGUACAAGGAGAUAAAAUAAAAUACACAGUCGACGGACGACCAGUUGAAGUGAAUCAAGGCAACAAGAACGCCACAGUUCGAAUCGAUACAACCUUACCACAACGGUGCGCGGACAUUUCUUCACGAAUGACCGCUUUGUCACAGCUACUCACUCAGCUUACCCCCAACAAUAACAUCACAGCACCAUCGUCAUCACAGGAUGGCCCACUUUUCUUGAAUGUCAGAAACGUCGACAGCAGUGGUUUCGCCAUUUUUAACGUAUCAGCCAGCACUAUCUUCGGACCAACCGUGCAACGAAUUGAUACCAACAUAACCAACAACAACGUCAAGUUCAUUUUAAUCAACGUUUACGGAAAGUCCAUCAACUGGCAAAAGGGUGAUCUAACGGGCACAUGGUUUCAACCUUAUCAGCCAUCGAUCACAAAAACACUUUGGAACUUUCCCGAAGCCGAAACCCUGAACUUCGGUCCAAACAUACGAGGUGCUGUGUUAGGCCCGAAGGGCACCGUAACAACAAACAGUAAUAUCGAUGGUGCUGUCGCAGUGUACUCAAUUAAACAAGUCGGCGAAAUUCAUUAUCCACUCCUCGCCGCACCAGACUGCGUUACGCCACCUUCAACAGCAACAUAUACAUCCUUAGCCACACAAACUACAACGGGAACCAAAGCUACCGCAAGUACUGCAGCAACACAAGGCACCGGAGCUACACAAAGUACUGCUGGUACUGGAGCUACUCAAGGAACACCAGGUACAGGAGCAAGCACACUAACACCAGGAACCGGAGCCACCCAAGGAACACCAGGCACAGCACCAACUGGAGCAACAGGAGCAACUGGAGCCACAGAAGGCACCGGAGCAACACAAGGUACUGGCGCUACACAAGGAACUGCAGGCACUGGAGCCACUCAAGGAACACCAGGAACUGCCGGCACUGGAGCCACUCAAGGAACACCAGGUACAGGAGCAAGCACACUAACACCAGGAACCGGAGCCACCCAAGGAACACCGGGCACAGCACCAACUGGAGCAACAGGAGCUACUGGAGCAACAGGAGCAACUGGAGCUACUGGAGCCACAGAAGGCACUGGAGCAACACAAGGUACUGGCGCUACACAAGGAACUGCAGGCACUGGAGCCACUCAAGGAACACCAGGUACAGGAGCAAGCACACUAACACCAGGAACCGGAGCCACCCAAGGAACACCGGGCACAGCACCAACUGGAGCAACUGGAGCUACUGGAGCCACAGAAGGCACCGGAGCAACACAAAGUACUGGCGCUACACAAGGAACUGCAGGCACUGGAGCUACUCAAGGAACACCAGGCACAGGAGCAAGCACACUAACACCAGGAACCGGAGCCACCCAAGGAACACCAGGCACUGCACCAACAGGCGCUACUGGAGCUACUGGAACUCAAGAAACAACUGCAGUGACGACUACUGUGAUAUGUCCACUGACAGAAGGUAUGGGCAAUCCACAAUAUAUCAACAACGCCACCUUCCAAGGAGCUGACAACAAUCCCGACGUUCAGAAUCUCAAUCCAGGCACACAAGGUGUUGACUUCAACGAGCCUAACUCAUCGGUCCUCAUUCCAUUUACACCUGGCAUAACACCCAUCCUCAGCUCAGUUUCCGUUCCUCCGAACACAUCUAACGUCGACAGCAUCACUGUCAUCGUCAGAGGACCCGACGGAACAGUAUUUAUCAACGAAACCACACCAUCCGGAACCACAAUAGUCACUGCCACCUACACUCAACCUCUACCCGAAAACAGCACAGUUACUAUUACGUUCCACACACCAGAUGAUUCGCCUGCAGAAGGUGUCACAGUUUCUAUUAUUGCAUGCUACACGCCAUCGGAAGCGACGACAGUUAUUACAAGUGGAACAGUGCCACCAACUAUUUCUGGCUCAACUCCAUCCAUCACCAUCAGCAGUGUCAUCACUCAAACAACUGGCACUACAGCCACACCCGGUACAGGAUUGAGCACAUUGACACCAGGAACCGGAGCCACCCAAGGAACACCGGGUACAGCACCGACAGGAGCCACAGGAGCUACUGGCGCUACUGGCGCUACUGGCGCUACUGGAACUCAAGAAACAACUGCAGUGACGACUACUGUGAUAUGUCCACUGACAGAAGGUAUGGGCAAUCCACAAUAUAUCAACAACGCCACCUUCCAAGGAGCUGACAACAAUCCCGACGUUCAGAAUCUCAAUCCAGGCACACAAGGUGUUGACUUCAACGAGCCUAACUCAUCGGUCCUCAUUCCAUUUACACCUGGCAUAACACCCAUCCUCAGCUCAGUUUCCGUUCCUCCGAACACAUCUAACGUCGACAGCAUCACUGUCAUCGUCAGAGGACCCGACGGAACAGUAUUUAUCAACGAAACCACACCAUCGGGAACCACAAUAGUCACUGUCACCUACACCCAACCGCUACCCGAAAACAGCACAGUUACUAUUACGUUCCACACACCAGAUGAUUCCCCAGCAGAAGGUGUCACAGUUUCUAUCAUUGCUUGCUACACGCCAUCAGAAGCGACGACAGUUAUUACAAGUGGAACAGUGCCACCAACUAUUUCUGGCUCAACUCCAUCCAUCACCAUCAGCAGUGUCAUCACUCAAACAACUGGCACUACCGCCACACCCGGCACAGUACCAACUGGAGCUACGGGAGCUACGGGAACUCAAGAAACAACUGCAGUGACGACUACUAUGAUAUGUCCACUGACCGAAGGUGAGUGUGAAACCUGUAGAUAUUGGUGGUUGGCAGGAAAGUGCGGUUUUACGGGUUUUGGCGAAUGA